ACCGGCCACCGCAACUAUAUAAAUACCGAUUCCCAAUCGACCUUGUCCUUCUCCUUCCCGUUGCCGCUGCUCUUUGCCGCGUUUCACAACUCAAAUCCGACGAAACCUUCCCGACCCAAAUGUCCAAACUCUCCUCCUCCUCCGGCCCAUCGUCAUCGUUAUCGCCGGAGCUUCUUCGCCACCCUCUCGCCUCCCCAGGAUCUUCUCCACCGGCGAACGACAUCGCCAACUCGUGGAUCCUUGAGUUCGCCCUCCGCCAACCAAUACCUAACCGUCUGGCUAACGCAAUCUUCUUCUCUCUCCCUUUCUCCUCCUCCUUCCACCACCACCUUCGUAAAACCCUCCUCCUUCACCGCCUUGAUUUCGAUACCCACUCUCGCUCUUUAUCCGAACGCACUCUUCACUCCCUCGAGCUCAUUGAGGAGCACAACCGCAUCCACGGUGCGGGGCCUUCUAAUCGACUGAAGGAAGCAUACUGUGCCGCUGCUCUCGAGUGCACCGCCGCCGCUCGUCGGAGGGGCGCUGAGGAAUUUGCCGACGCCGUUAAGAGGAUAUGGAAGGAGAGAAUCGCCGAUAUCGACAAAUCGGAAGCGGCGGUUGGUCUCGUAUCGGAGAAGCUUGUUGAAUUGGCAGGUAGGAUAGAGGUUUGCGCCUUGAGCGGGGAAGGUGGGGAGGAACUCUUUGACAGGGAUGCCGAAGUGGGAUUGAGGUUGGUUAGAGAUUAUUUGAAUGAGGCCAUGGAGGAAAUGGGUCCCUCUUUUCUUGAGAUUGCUGCUGCCGAGGUUAAGGAGAAUAGGAUGGAUUCGAGUGGGUCUGCUUGCCAGGCAGGGGAAGUGAAAGACGCUGAUCAAUGUAUUGAAAAAUUGGAAGCGAAGGGUAAGAGUUCUGUAGAUGAUGGGAUUGGUGAGAAAUGUGAGGGUUUAGGUGAUGUUUGCAUGCGGGGUUUGGAAGAUAAUGAUGUUCUAAAAGCUUCGAAGGUUGUGGAAGUUGUUUCGACGGAGAACUUAGAAGAUGAUAGAAUUAGAGAAGAAUCACGGGGCCUGUGUAAUGCUUCAACAGAAGGUGAUGGUUGCUAUGGUGCUGAGGGGUUUGCGCUCGAACCCAUGGUGGACGCUG